AUGGAUGGUGACUUGGCCAAGUCUUUUUGGCAUUCUUCGGAGGUAGAUUUUUCUUUCUCUAACUCGAUUGGUAGGUCGGGAGGAUUGCUCAUUUUAUGGAAUAACAAAGUGGAGGUUAUUAAUAGUUUUAGAGGUGAAGGUUAUUUAGGGAUAAAAGCUUGUUGGGAGAAUAAGUUUUACUACUUGAUUAAUGUGUACUCUCCGUGCCUUAGGACUAAAAAGAUGGAAUUAUGGAAGAAGUUGCUUGAGUUAAAGGAGGCUUUUAAGGAUGGGGAUUGGAUAGUGGGAGGAGAUUUUAAUGCGAUAAAAAAUUCUAGAGAAAGGAAGGGUCGCGGUUUGUUUAUGAAUAAUAGAGAGAUGGAGCUUUUUUCGGAGUUCAUUGAUAAAAGCGAGUUGGUGGAUAUUCCUUGCAAAGGAAAAAAGUUUUCUUGGUUUAGUGGAGAUGGUAAGUCGAUGAGUAGAAUUGAUCGGUUCAUUGUUUCCAAUGACGUAGUGUCUAGAUGGGAGGUUACGGGUCAACUCAUCGGUGAUAGGGAUAUUUCGGAUCAUUGUCCAAUUUGGAUCAUUAAGGAUCAUAGGAAUUGGGGUCCUAAGCCAUUUAAGUUCAAUAAUGAGUGGUUUAGCUUUGACUCUUUUAUUCCUUUUGUGGAGAAGGAGUGGAAAAGUAUUAAGGUGGAGGGGCGAGGAGACUUCGUGUUAAAGGAAAAGCUCUAG